CGUCAAUCCCUAAAAUGGUGACCGCGACCAGACUCGAUAUCAUAGUACGAAAAUUGCUGGAGGUUUCAUGACGGUCUCCCAAUUAAUCCGACUCUGACGGUCUUGGCAUGCUUAUUUCUGACGAACGCCGCUAGUCAGGGCUGAAGUUCAGGACCCAAAAACCUUGUCGCAUGGAGUAGCCAAUCAACAUCGGCGAGUCAACAAUUACUAAACUUCGUUGCGAAGUCGAAUAGCUUUAUAUAUAUCCGUCUGUCUCAUUCAUUCACAGAAGAAAGAAAACCCAUCAAGUAUAUAUCAUACUUGUCUCGGAAUCCAGAAGCUGUACUUUCUUCUCCAAUUACUUAAAAGGCUAUCAACCCUCCAUUCCACACUUUGCCCAUCUGAUCCCUCUCCUAUCAUUACUUAUAACUUCAUUUGCUUCUCAAGUCAACAUGUCGGCGGCACUAUGGCGAACUAUACCUCAGUUGUUCCCUGGAAAGCCCACCUUCACAGAAGCAGACAUCCCAGAACAACAUGGAAAGGUUAUCAUAGUAACAGGCGGUAAUGCAGGCCUAGGAUAUCAUCUUUGCAAGAUCCUGUACGAGAGAGGAGCUAAAGUCUACAUGCUCAGUCGCUCGCAAUCCAAAGCUGAAGAAGCCAUUACCAAAAUCAAAACCGAAGUCACAAAAUCUCCUGGCGACCUGAAAUACAUCCAUAUCGAUCUCGCUGACAUGACCACGAUCAAACCAGCAGUCCAAGCAUUCGCUGCCCAGGAAACUAAGCUCGACAUCCUGUUCAACAAUGCUGGAAUCGGAGCAGCGCCGGAUGGAAGUAAGACAAAACAAGGCUUUGAACUGUUGAUGGGCACCAACGCCAUCGCUCCCUUCCUCCUUACUCAACUCUUACUCUCAUAUCUUCAAACCGCAGCAAAGACCGCCCCAAAAAACUGCGUGCGUGUUGUUUGGACCGCUUCCCCCAUCAUUGAAGACUCGUAUGUUCCAGCCGGCGGCCUCACCGUUUCACAUCUCGAAUCCCCGCACCUCAGCAACUUCAACAAUUACGCGCUCUCAAAAACAGCAAAUUGGUAUUUGGCAUCCGAGCUCGCCCAUCGUGUGCAGAAAGAUGGGAUUGUGAGCGUAGUCCAGAACCCGGGGAACUUGAAGACUGCUGUUUGGGAUCCUGCUCCGUGGUGGAUUAGGAAACUGAUGAGCAUCACAAUGCAUCCACCAAUUUACGGAGCGUAUACCAAUCUCUGGGCCGGAGUAAGCGAGAACGUGACGCUGGAGGAUGGAGUGCAGGGCAAGUAUGUUGUUCCGUGGGGGCAGUGGCAUUCUACGCCCAGGAAAGAUCUCUUGGAUGCUUUGAAGGGUGAAGGAGAGGGUGGAACGGGGCAUGCUGGGAAAGUUUGGGCUUGGUGUGAGGAGAAGACGAGGGUUUGGGCUUGAGAUGAGAGUCCUGUUUUGAUAUUGAGGUCUUUCUCCUUCAUUUUUCAGACUUUGGGGACUUCACUUGAAUAGUUUUGCUGUCAACUUUUUGGUUUAGCUGCAUUUCAUGUCUUAAUUAGACAAACGGGCUCUUCUACUGUCAGAGACAACUCCAUUCCAAAU